CUGGUCUAUGGACUUUGAACAGAUCUAGAGCAUACAACGCAAUAAUAAUGGAGUACAGAAGCAAGGUAUCAUAUAAAUACUGCAUUUCUGUUCGUAAAGCUGCAUAGUGUGACGAUUUACAGAAUUAGAACGUUGAUAUCAUGAACAUGGCCGAACAGCAAGAUGAACGGGUUGAAGAUCCUGCCGUGACUAACUUUAGACGAUAUCUUCGUAUUAAGACAGUUGAACCUGAGCCAGACUAUGAUGGAGCAAUAAUAUUUUUGAAAGAGAUGGCUGGAGAAAUGGGAUUACCAGUGCAAUGUGUUGAGGUGCAUCCUGGGAAGAUUAUUGUCAUCAUAACAUGGGAAGGAACAGACCCCACCCUCAAGAGUAUAGUAUUGAAUUCACAUAUAGAUGUUGUUCCAGCAUUUGCAGACCAUUGGAAAUGUGAUCCAUUCGAAGCCAAGAAAAUGGAAAAUGGUGAUAUUUAUGCAAGAGGCACCCAAGACAUGAAGAGUGUUGGAAUUCAAUACUUAGAGGCAAUCCGAAGACUAAUCAAGAAAGGAGAAAGAUUACUUCGUACAAUUCACAUGCUCUUUGUACCAGAUGAAGAACUUGGAGGAUUUAAAGGCAUGAAGUUAUUUGUUCACACUCCUGAAUUUAAGAAACUCAACAUGGGUUUUGGACUAGAUGAAGGUCUUUGUAACCCAACAGAGAAAUUUACCUUAUUCUAUGGAGAAAGAGCAACAUGGUGGAUUGAUGUAAUUUGCACAGGAGAUCCAGGUCAUGCCUCUAAGUUUGUAGAAGAUACAGCUGCAGAAAAAGCAAGAAAAGUCAUGAAUGCAUUCCUUGGCUACAGAGAUGAAGAAAUAAAAAGGUUGAGUACUGAAAAACUGGGAGAUAUUCAGACAGUCAACUUGGUGCGGAUGUCAGGAGGAGUAGCCAACAACAUUGUACCUAUUGAACUGAGACUGCGUUUUGAUCUUCGACUGAGCCCAAAACAAACACCUGAGUUUCUUGAGAACAAGAUCAAGGAGAUGAUAGCAUCAGCAGGAGAGGGUGUGAGCUUUGAAUGGAUUAGGAAAGGGGUGUGCUACACAACUCCCCUUGAUGAUAAAAACGUAUGGUGGCAAACCUUCAAACAAGUUUGUGAUAACAGAAAGCUGGAAUUGGAUCCAAUGGUGUGCCAAGGAGCCACCGAUGCCUGUUACAUCCGUCCUUUAGGAAUUCCCGUUUUGGGUUUCUCACCCAUUCCCUAUACUCCAAUGCUAGCCCAUGAUGAUAAUGAAUACCUCAAUGAAGAUAUCUUUCUCAGGGGAAUCAGCAUCUAUGAAUCACUCAUUCAAGCCCUAGCCAAUGUUAAUUAUGAUCAGUGACUGACUGCCAAACAUAACUUCAGCAGUUAUGUCUAACAAUGUAUAAAAUUUGUAUAUCUGUUGCUUUCCAUAAUACACCAUCUUGUAAAAUUGUGUAAACUUGUAUUAUGAGGUAAACACAUAAGCAAUAGCAAAACAAAAUUUCCAUUUCACUAUGUCUCGCUGGUAGUAUCCUUAACUAUAUAAGAACUGAUAUUCCAUAAUUAUUUACAUUAAAACACAUCUCAUAAUUAAUUUUUCUCUCAAAAGUUGGAAUUACAAGAAAUAAUGCUGUGAAUGAUGAAAUUGUUUUUUAUACCCUGUAUUACAUUCGUAUACAAGUAAUUUGAUUUUGUCACUUUAUGUUGUGUUUUGCAAUUCAAAUGUUGAUUAAACAUUUUGAUUUAUUUCAAUUAUGCUGUGAAUGAUGAAAUUGAUUUCUUAUACCCCUUAUUACAUUCGUAUACAAGUAUUGAUUUUGUCACUUUAUGUCAUGUUUUGCAAUCCAAAUGUUGAAUGAACAUUUUAAGACCACAGAAUGCCAUUUCCAUUGACUGAUGGGAAGCAAACUGCACUUCUCUAGUGCAAUUUGGUCAUCAACAGUAUUCUCUUACUGCAUAUGGAAUAUGAAAAUAUCCAAGAAACAAUGUUUUCAUACACGUGCAGAAAUGAAAUAUACAUUUUAAUUCUUUUUAUCACCAAACAUCGUCAAAAUUUGUGUGAAAAUUUGCCAACAAUCAUUGCCAAGUGUAUGAAUAAAAUGUUUGGUCAUUCUUCAUACACACAAUUUAUACAAGUACGCCUGUGAUAUCUUUUGAAAUAAUAUGUGAAUAUAUGUGUCAUAGUGUACUGGAACAAAUUCAGAGCUGAAUUAAAUUUUAUAUGCAAAA